GUAUGGCUGACCUGAAAGCUCUCUUAGUGUUGAUCUCAUAGUGUUGCAGACGCAAUCUUGGAUUCCAUCACCAAUCAGAAUCAUUUGACGUUCAAUCGUGAGUAAAGUUAGAUGAAUAAUAUUCUUUUCCUACUUUGAAGUGGCUCGACUUAAUGUAACCGUACCAGUGGACGAAAGCAACAUGGACUACUUUCAAAUCGGUUGUGGCCUCGUGGUCGUACUUCUGGCGAUCUAUUACUACUACAAAUCGAUCUACAACACCUGGAAAAAUCGUGGGAUACCUGGACCGCAACCUAUGUUCUUCAUUGGCAAUUUAUUCAAAACAGCGAUUAAAAAAGAGUCGAUGAGCGAUUGCGUGAAGAAAUUGUACGACGAGUUCAAGCAUGAGCCACUUUUUGGAAUAUUCGCGGGUACAUCGCCAUCUAUCGUGGUUAAUGAUCUAGAUUUGGUGAAGGAUGUCCUCAUCAGAAAUUUCUCUAUCUUCGUGGACAGAGGAAUCCGUACUUUUCCAAAGAUAGAACCACUGAUGCAGCACCUCUUCGUGUUGGAGCCUGAAAGAUGGCGGCCUAUGAGAGCGAAGCUCUCGCCCAUAUUCACGUCCGGGAAGCUGAAAGAGAUGUUCCUUUUGAUAGUUGAAUGCGCGGAAAAUCUGGAAAAACACUUGGACAAAGUUGUGGAAGACGGAGGAUCAGCGGAAUGUCGCGAUUUGGCCGCAAAGUUCACGACUGACGUGAUCGGUAGCUGCGCUUUUGGCAUCAAUAUGAACGCCUUGAAGGACGAGGACAGCGAGUUCCGUCAAAUGGGCAGGAAGAUCUUCACGCCUAAUCUGAAACAGACGCUCAAAGAGAUUUGUAGACAAUUUGCACCGUGGUUGUACGGACUUAUUGGUUCUUUACUUGAAUCGAAGGAAAUAAAUGACUUCUUUACAAACUUAAUUACCGAUUCAAUCAAAUGUAGAAAAGAGAGUAACGUGGUUAGGCCAGAUUUCGUGCAAUUGCUGAUGGAACUGCAGGAUCACCCGGAUCAGAUGAACAAUAUUGAACUAACAGAUUCGUUGCUCGCUGCACAGGCGUUCGUUUUCUUCGUUGCUGGUUUUGAAACCUCCUCAUCGACGAUUGCUCAUGCUCUUUACGAACUAGCUCAACAUCAGGAUAUCCAAGACAAAUUACGGCAAGAGAUCAGAGAAGUUAUCAAGGAAAAUAUCGGGAAUUUGACGUACAAUGACGUUAAAGGGAUGAAAUACUUGGACAAGGUGUUUAAAGAAACAUUAAGGAAGUAUCCUUUAGUGCCGAUGUUGACAAGACAAGCAAUGGAAGAUUACACGUUCAGAGGCACGAAGCUUACUAUACCAAAAGGGACAAAUGUGUGGAUUCCUGUGAUCGGAAUUCAAAGAGAUCCGAAUAUUUAUCCGAAACCGGAAGAUUUCGAUCCUGAAAGAUUCACCGAUGAAGCUGUUGCUGCUAGACACCCUAUGAGUUUUCUUUCAUUUGGUGAUGGGCCCAGGAACUGCAUUGGUGCUCGUUUUGCAGUUUAUCAGAGCAAAAUUGGUAUCAUAACAGUUAUUCGCAAUCACAAAGUCGUUGUUUGCGAGAAGACCAAGAUCCCAUACGAAAGCGAUAGUAAUAGCUUCUUGUUGGCACUGAAGGGUGGAGUGAACUUGAAAGUUGAAAAAGCAUAAAAUUAAUCUUAAGGAUUUUUAUAUAAAGUAUUAUAACAAUUAUAUUGUGUAAAAUAUAAAUUAAUAUAUGCGACUGCCUAUAGAAGAGAUAUAUUAACAAUGUAUUAACCCUUUGCACUCGAGAGGCGCCUCUCAGUCGCCAUUUGAUCAGAUC